CUUGUCACCUGAGAUAAGUCUAUUUUAUAUCCUAGUCUCUUUGUCCCCCCAUACCCGGGAAUAGUAUAUUAUCCCACACAUACUCUACUCAUCAAUAGCAGAACAAGACGAUGGCGGAUGCAGAGCCUCUAUAUGUCUACAAACUCGUCCCCUCCUCCUCGCCGGUGCGCGAACCUCUCCCCGAUCGACUCCCGGUCAGCGACAUCGACAGGUCGUCAGGGUUCAUCCACCUGUCCACGGCCUUCCAAGUCCCAAACACAUUGAAGGCCUUUUUUAACGACGAGCCGCUGGUCUACGUGCUGCGAAUUCGCUACGCGCACAUCGCUGGAGAAACCGUCUGGGAGUCCCCAGAGGGGAAUGUUUGCGGGCCGCGACCGAAAGAAGGUUUAUUCCCGCACCUAUAUAACGGGCUGAGACUCGGUAAGGAUGAGGUCGAAAGCAUCGCCAUCUGGAACAAUGAAAACGGCUGGGAUAAAGCACUACAGCAAUCCAAACCGUGGCUUUUAUUUUGAUUAAGUCCUUAAGUUAGUUAUACAGGCAGCUCAUUUGUGAAUUUAUUAUGCAUAUUGAGUCAUUCAUAUUGUUACAUUAUGCCACUACAUGUUUGUCCUUGUUUGUC